AUGGCGCCUUCUUGGUGGUCAGGGUCCAGCAGUCAGUCAACCUCGGGCAGUUUACCCCAGAAGCCCUUGCAUUGGUCAGAUGACUGGGAUCCGGCAACCGAACCUUUUCCAGAACUCGCCAUUGAGCCACAAAGUGUCGAGAGCUCAGCCGAUAUUAUUGCAUUAAAUUCUUCUGAUCAUCGAGCGACCACGCCUCUUCAGUCGAAAAGUCACCUUUUCGGCGAAUAUCUCUCAUCAUCGCCAUGUAUCUCGGAAGAUACGACUCUAUCUGACAACGACGUCUCAUCUCCAGGCAGUUCCAGUCCAGAUCUUUCAGUAAGUGGGACGUCGUCGGACGCAGAAUGGCGAAGCAUAAGCCAGACUGGCAAUACCUGGAAGCAGAUUCCGGCAGCAAACAGGACACCUCCAGAGAUAUUAUUCCAGAUAUACGCCCUGCUAAGUCCUCGAGAUUUCGAUAACGCUCGACGAACAUGCUCGCAAUGGAUGCGCGCGAGUUUGCAAGAAAAGCUUCUUGAGGGUAUGUUGAAAAGGGCUGGCUGGUGGGAUGCAUGGCGGCGGGACUGCCAAACAUAUCAGCCUGUCGACGGUGUUGAGGAAAGUCUGGUUUGGCGAUUGAGCAAGCGAUUUUCCACCGAGUGUGUUCUGUCUGGCCGGAAGGUCAACGUCGAGAAGAGUGGAUUCUUGCCGACAGGUGUCGUUGAUUUUGGACAGUUGUCGCGUGAAUCAUUGCCAAAAGAGUCUCCGGGAUUGUCACGAGACAUGUUUAAUGGCUCUGCGCCGAGACUUACAGCUGCGCUGCGAGACCCGGCCUUUUCUCGUUCGAUCAAAUUCAGCGUUAGUACAUGUGGGCACUAUGUCUUGGUUGCUACAGGAUGUAUGAUCUAUGUGUAUUACCUUGGUAACCGAAAGCGAGGCGACUCAUUACCUCCUCGUAUAGCAGAGACCACCCCAUCAGACUUGAUAUUGGGAGACAACGACCUCGACAUUCUACCCGUAUCAAGCAUCGGCUGUCCUUACGAAGUCUUGUCUGCUACUAUCGAUACUAGUACACCAAAGUUCGUGAUCGCUGCAUUGUUGCGAGGACGUGUCGGCAUGAUCUGCGAUAUCAAGGGAGUCCCGAUUCAUUCUGCAGAGCAGGCAUCUCCCUUUCUGCGCAAGCGCUCCACAAUCAGAGAGGAUAUUCCUGCCGAACACGCCAGAAAGAUGGAUGAAUUCAGAGAUGCCAUUGCUUCUAGUGCGAUAAUUGAGCAAGUUACCACAACUGGGCGACCGCCGAUGGCCCCUCGUACUGUUUCCACUCGUCGCACGAUGAAUCGUCUAACCCGAGCACCAAGAAAGUACUUUCAUGAUAUCUGUUCCGUGGAGGAUCCUCCUCGCAGUGUAUCAAUCUGCCCUGGUCGUCGGUGUGUGGCGUUUGGGUGCGGUUCUGGUAUUGAGCUGCACUGGGUUGAUGAAAAGACACAGGAGGACUCUAGAAAGAUGUUUCCACUUUCUCAGCCAGCAGAGGUCUUGCACUUUUUACCCAGUCGUGUCGAAAUUGACGAAGCAUCUAAAUUGCGACUGAUUUCAUCACUAGCCGGCCCCGGUGCUUCGGGAUGUCAGUGCCAUCGUGCAGCUAACGGUGAAGAUGUUGUCUGCCAGUUUCAUCUAUCUUCUCGGGUCAACUCAUUCACCCACUGGACUCCACGGAAGAAUGGUCGUUUGAGUCUGGUAAAGGCGACGCACUGUCAUCAUUAUCGGGCCAUGCCGGUUAACGACGGCCUACAUAUUUUGUUUAUAGAACCUGUCACAGGUUACCUUUGCAUCGGAUCUGAUGCUCCAAUUGGCGGACCGACAAAUUUGACUCGUGCGAUGAUCUGUAUACCUCCUUCAGAUCACGGAUUGGAUUCUACAGAAGAUCGCAUUCCAACGAUUUUUGCGGUGGGGUCUGAUUUGAGCCGGGGUCUUCGUAUUGUGGCUGCUUAUCAGGAUCGCAUUGUCCUGUACACCGUGCCCGUUGAUGUGUACAACGUCCUCCGACGAGAACGACAACUUCAGGGUGAUAACGUUAUGGGUGACAGUGAUUUGGCACGCGACUGGUUCCUUGACAAUGAACGCAACUCGAAGCGCCGCGGCAGUCUAGCACAGAACCAGAAUGGUGAUUGGGAGUUUUUGUUGCGAGUAAGCUACCGACCAACAGCUAUGCUCUGGCCAUUGAAGAUUUACGGCAAGGAAAUCGGACGUAUGGACAGGGUCGUCGAAUUUUCAGUCCAAACUUCGAAUGGCGGAGCUCGGGUAUGGGCAUUUGGAGCAUCUGGCGAGGCUCGUAUUUUUGACAUUGAUACAAACACCUCGAAGACAAGGCCGAGUAUGGAUGUUGCCAUCAAAGCUUUGAAUGUGGCUUCUGAUGGCAGUAUUGGGUCUGCUCGGCUCCAGGACCGCGCAGAGUCUGGCCUUUUGUCACCACUACCCAUCAAGGCUACACGCAAGCGAAAGCACCUCAGUCAGCCUGCAGCAUUUGAUCGGAAGUUGUUAAGCAUGUGGAACCACAGCAACACAUCUACCAGCAGAGACGACGAUACAAGUCCUCCCGAUCUCGCAGCGGCCCCAACAUCCUCACCAUCCAGACCAACAACCGGAAUGAGCGCCAGAAGCAACCGCCGCCAAUCCUUCGCGGCGUGCAUUAUGGAUCUCAAGAUCCCCGAACUCGGCGCCCGAGACGGCCAAUGGACAGAUCCCAAUCGCGCCUCAACGGUUCCUUCAACACCCGCUUGUGGCCUCGACAACGACCAUUUCGAGUCGGCCGACUUCCACGACGUCGCCUCCUACGACCCUAAAGAGAUUAGAAAGAUUUAUACUGUUUGGUCCACGUCUGCAUCAAAGCCAUCUGCUGGUCGAUGGCGAUGA